AACACUUCUGGAAACUCUUAACCUUGUAGGGGAAAAAGAAACAUCACUGACACUGGGAAUGCAGAAGGUUUUAACAGGCAGAAGUUUAGAGAAAAGAGUUAUUCUUAGUUCUUAGUAAAGAAGAUGCAAGAAACAGAAAACUGUAGUGCAUUCCUGGACAAAUGUGACCUACCAGUGGGAUCACAAGUUGCUGGAACGACUUGACCUACAGAAUCUGUUAUCAGAGAAAUUGCACUUGGAAAGCAACCAACAUGAGCAAAGUAUACUUCCCAGUCGAGAUGGUGCAAAUGAAAAGCUAUGGGUGGAAAUGGCAGAACAGCGGAUUCGGCAUCAGGUAGAGCUGACAGAGCUGCACAAAGCAAGAGGAGAGCUUGCACAGACUGUAAUCGACCUCAACAAGACGUUACAAAUAAAGGAACAGGAGCAGCAGGAAGACCGAAUCAUGAUUUCUAGGUACAAAGGAGACAUUGCUACUCUGUCUAGAAGAUGCAAUACUCUUGAAAAUGAGCUUGAAGAGAUGCAACAUAACUACCAGCUCCUGCAAGAUGAGCAUAGCGUGCUACAACUAACAUAUAGCUCACUGGAGGAGCGAAUGCAAAAGACUGAGCAUGAGAACAGAGAACUGGUUGAGCGCUGGAUGGGAUCAAAGGCUGCAGAAGCAGACAGAGUGAACAAGCACAAUGACAUGGAGGAAAGGUACAGAAAAAUCCUGUCAAAGCUGAAGAGAAAACUUGAGCAGCUGAAACGGAACUCUCGUACCUCAGAACUUGAAGAAUUUGUGGAAGUGAACAUCCUAAAUGAGAAGACAGAAGUGGUACCAAUCAGAUCACCAUCACCAACUCUGGAUCGGACGCCUGCAGAUGGAGAAAGUGGUAAUGAUGACAGCUGUUACGACAGCCAGCUAACCAAUGAUUUACAGCAGCUAUUAUUUGAAACACGGGAAGCAGAAACUUCUGUACGGUACAUUACCUCACCUAGCUUGUCAGACUUUCAGCAAAAAGAGUACUGUAACCUGUCAGAGAAUAAGGAGGACACACUGAAUAUGGACGCUGACACUGAACUUAAAGACCAUGAACAAGGGAGAAUUGGGAGUUCUCAGAUUUUGCACUACGACCACACUAAGGGCAUCGUCACAAUUGGUGGCGUCUUCCCUGCACUUCUGCAGCAAGAAACCAUUGAAGAAAAUAGAGGUGUAACUGAAGACAAUAGUUGAAGACUGUAACAUUUCUGAAAUUGUUUAACUUCUAAAUCAAAUCAAGACACUACUUGACUGAUUUGCACAAUUUUUAAAUCAAGUUUUUAAAUAAAUACAUGUAAGUUGUGUUAUAAUAAACUUUUUUUUUAUUUUUACAA